AUGGAUUUCUCCUCCCAGCAAUAACAAAAUAAGAGAGAGAAUCUGUCCCUUGCUUUUUUCUUGUUUGGUCUGCAUAUCAUCAUCGGCAGCAACAAGUUGCAAUUCCCAUCUCUUGGAAUCCUAUUUUCCUGCUUUCAUUUCCGUAGCAAACAGACAAUAUUCAGCUGCUGCUGCUUCAAAUCCCAGAGCUUGUUUUUCUCCAAGAACCACUUGAAAACCCGAGAUGGGUUUAUUCUCAGGCCAAUCUAGCCAGAAAGGAACACCCAUGAUCUGAUUGGAUUUCCCUCAUCUGAUUCGAGCUAUUGAUAUUGGAUUUUCGUCAAUGGAAGAAGAACAAGAACAGAGGCGUUGCUGCAGGUUCUGCAAGAAGAGGUUCCCAUGUGGAAGAUCCUUAGGUGGUCACAUGAGGUCCCACAUGACCACUAUGAAUUCAUCUGAAAUAGAUGAGAAUCUGAGGAGGAAUUCCAAUGAUGGUGGGAUCCACAACUACGCGGGUCUUGAAGCGGAUGCUCAUGCUGGUUACGGCCUUAGAGAGAACCCCAAGAAGACGUGGAGGCUUUCUGAUUUGGGUGGCAGUGCUGGUUCUUGGAAAGGGAAGGUGUGUAAGGAUUGUGGUAAAAGGUUUCAGUCGCUGAAAGCUUUAUUUGGGCAUAUGAAAUGCCACACAGAGAGGAAGCCCUCUCACAGGUUGGUGGAUGAAGGCUCAUGGAGUGGGGGAGGUGGGCCCCACAAGCUGAUCUCCCACAGCCAGUCGGACAGCGAAGAAGUGGCAGAGGAAGCUCUCAGGAGGAGGAGAAAAUCGGGGAGGAUGAUGAAGAAUCACGGAGCUUCACCUUCUUUUACAAUCGCUUCUUCUUCUGUUUCUGAGGUUGAGCAAGAACAGGAGGACGUGGCUAUUUGCUUGAUGAUGUUGUCUAGAGACGUAGGAACUUGGGGUGGAUUGAAUUCAGUUGCUGACUCUUCUGAUAAUAAUUCAGUGAUUUUAGAGGUUAGAUCGUCAGAGAUGUUUAAGAUAAGCAGUGAAAAAGAGGAUGCGGGUUUUGUUUGCAAUGACAGCGAAUUGAUGAAGGUGAAGAAGAAACAGAGAGAGAAGAAGAUAGAAGAUCUCAAUGCUAAUGACACAGGUUGUGCGUGGUUCAGUAGCAAGAGAUCUGAAUUGGGUGCUUCUGAAUCUGGGUUUUCAAGGGAUGGAGCAAAGAAGGCCAUUUCCAAUGUCUCCCAUGAUAGAUUUGUCAGGGAUGAUGAUUUUAAGAAGCCCGAGCUUGAUGGAUUCGACAUUGAAUUCACAGGCGAUGAAAUUGGGUACGAAAUCUCUAAUGUUGAAUUGGUGAAGGAUUCAAGUAGCAAAGACAUAAUGGAUUGUUCUGAUGAUGAAUUUGGGAGUAGUUUGUGUAGGACGACUCCACCGCGCAGCUGGGGAGAUGAAGCUGUGAAGGAUUCCUCUAAUGGAGUUGAUGGGAUGGAAUUUGGGAAAUAUAGUUGGACCAAGAGAGCUACAUAUGAUGCUCAUGAUACCCAAUUCGAUGGGAAUUCUUUGGGUUUUGAAGUGGGGAAGAAAAGUAGAUACGAGUGCUCAACUUGUAACAAGACUUUCAACUCAUACCAGGCUCUUGGGGGGCAUAGAGCAAGCCAUAAAAGGGUGAAGGGCUGCUGUGCACCUAAGACCGAGAGAAGUGAAAAAAGCUUCAAGGUCGAUAUUUCUCCUCCUCAUCCAGCGGAUGGCAACAAACUCAAGCCUCGGAGAAUUGAACAUACGAUCAAAGGGGAAGCAUGUUAUGGGGUAAAGAAGCUUAAGGGGCAUGAAUGCCCAAUCUGCUUCAAGGUAUUCUCAUCUGGCCAAGCUCUAGGAGGCCACAAACGGUCCCAUUUUGUCGGGAAUACUGAAUCCAGAGCAACUGCUUGUCAGACCAUUGUAAUUCAGCAUCAGGUACCAGAGAAUCCCAUUUUGCUCGAUCUUAAUCUUCCCGCUCCUAUUGAGGAAGGUGUUAAUGUCCAUGUCGGAUUCGAGUCGUGGUGGGUCGAAAGUAACCACAAGCACGAGCAGCUAGUGGGGCUCAUCUCGAAUUGAGGCGACUCCAGCUAUGGUUCUAGUGAAGGUGCAAGAGUGUACAGAUGAUGGAUUCUUAUUACAUUCAUUCUUUAGAUAUUCGUAGUCCAGCAUAUCAGGUGACAACUUUAUUGCUGCUCUAGCUUUACAAAGGAGUUUCUUUUUUUCUUUUUUCCUUCUUUAAAUA